AUGCCGAGAGAAAAACGUCUUUCUGCAAGGCAACCUAAGCAUAAAGGUAUGUAUAGAAUAUGUUCUAUAAGGCUUUGUUGUUUUAAACGAUAUUUAUGUUGUUGUUUGCUAGAUAUCAUGAUCAAAGUAUGAGGCACGUGUGACUGUAGUAUUGAAAGUAUGAUGUUAUAAUUUCGUGGCAAAAUUUCCAAAAAAAAAUGCAAGGAACUAGAGAAAUAAAUUCACUAUAUUUAGAAAAAUAUACUAUAAAUAAUACUACUUGAAUUUCAUAAUAACCAAAACGUCUAAAAUAGUCCUUGCUUACAUUUCAUGUGUUGCAAAAAAGAUGGCUUUUCUUUACAAAGGUUUUGCAAACAUAGUAAAGCUCCUUGUCACUUUGGCUGAGUUUAUGCGCUAUUAUUUUAUGCUAUUGUGUAUGUGAGACUUUGUAGCCUUUUUCUGCAGAUUAUGUCCUGACAUAGUGUAUUGGGAGGGGGGCAUUGGGGGGUAUUCAAUACUGUAAUACUGCAAGCAAAUUUUGUCAAUUACCGCAGCUUUUGAGUCCAAAAUUGCAAAUACUGUGUACCGCAAAAUUUCAAAUACCGUAAUACCGCAAUUUUCCAAGGAAAAUACCGAAAUACCGUAAGAAAAAUAAGCUAAUACCGCCAUACCGUAAAUCCCAUGUCCCCCUCUAUUGGGUGAUCGUCCUGUGCGCCAGAGUUUUGGCCUAUUUUGCUGGAGCCGGAGUUUGUUCCCAGAGCUAGGAGUUUGUUCAACUCUGGCAACACUUAUUUGUGCUGCAAACUACUGUCUUACACCAUAAAGCUGGUUUUUCAUUAGGCAGAAUUUUGCGCGCAGCGGAAUUUUUCUUUGUCUUUUCUGAUUAGUUCCACCCGAGAAAUCACAAGACAAAGAAAAAUUUUGCUCCACGUGCAAACUACCGCCUAAUGAAAACCGGCUUAAGAAGGUACCAUAUUAUUAUCCCAUGGAGUGAACAAUGGUUCAACUCUUACCAUACAUUCCAGAUUUCAGCGACUCGGAUGAUGAUUACAGCGAUACAGAAAACAUGGUACGAAGUCCACCGAAGAAGCCAAAAAAAAAUAACGUAGCACCAAAAUAUACAGCUGACCCUGCCGAUGAUCUAUCAGAUGAAAAUAAUGCCAUCAUGACGCCUGUCAUUCAAACAUCGAGUACUACGACAAUGCAGCCUGCUGCUCCAAUUAUGGUGAGCAGAUUUAGAACAUUUGUGAAGCCCUCGUUGUGACAUAGUUUCCUAGCAGUAAGGGUGAGGCGAGUAAUCGAUAAACUGGAACAAUCUGAUGUUUUUUAAAACCGAUUAAAUCGAUGUUGUUCUAGGCAAAAAGUUGGAAAAAAUUUGGGGGGAAACUGAGAAAAUAUGUUUUACUACCGGUACCUUAUUGUUUUCAUAGAAAUUUAUUCUCAUUUUCAGCAACUCACUGUGCCUAGCAUACCACCAGAUGUCCCAGUACAGAGCUACCCUUGUGGAUCUUGUCGUAAAGAGGUCAGUGAUGACGAUGCAGCGAUAUUCUGUGAAACCGGAUGUAGCCAAUGGUACCAUCGUGUUUGCGCCGGGCUAACCGAGAAUGCAUACAACUUGUUAACAAACGAGGAGAAUGCCGAUUGGGUGUGUGACCAGUGUAUAGGGAAAAAGAAUAUUCCGUUGGUGAAGUUAAAAUCGUGA